AUGGGAAUCCCAAGGAAGCUGGUGGGCAAAGAAGGCUUCCUGAAGGAGGAGACAUUUCAAUUGAGAACUGAAAGUUUAAUAAGAGCCAAGCAGGAAGGGCAACUGGGCAGUGCUGAAGACCCAGCCUGGCUCCAGCUGCUUCAAAAGGACUCCAGCCCCCCAGAAUCCCAGCCCACAACCCUCUGCUGCCCACAAGAUGGGAGCCUGGGGGCUGCGAGCCCAGCCAUGAGGGACUGCUGCCCCUCCCAGCAAAAGGCCGGCCCUGCACCCCCCAGGCACACCCCUGCCCAAAGCCCAGGCAUGGACUCCAGACACAGCAGCUCCAGUGGGGCUGGGGAAGUGGCCUCCUGCUCUGAGGGCCCUGGCGGGAGCGUGGCCUACCCCUCCCUGACCUGCAUCCCUCCCCAGGAGGCAGCCACCAAGGAGGCAUUAGGGACACGUGGAGCCUUGAUCUCAGGGACACCAGAAACCACCUUCUCUGGGAAGCCAGAGCCUGUGUCCUCAGUGAAAACUGACCCUUCAUCCUUGGAGAACAGAAAUCCUAUGUUCUUAGAGAAGAUGGACAGCAAGUCUUCAAGGCAGGCAGAUUCCAUUUCUACAGGAAAGGAAGAUGUUGGGUCCUUGAGGAAGGCAGAUCCUAUGUUUACAGGAAAGACAGAGCCUCCAAUCUUGGGGAAAGGGGAUCCUGUGGCUUCUGGAAGGAUGGAUCCUUUGACCCCAAGAAAGGAAGAUCCUGGAUCCUUGGAAAAGUCAGAUCCUGAGAGCUCUAGCAAGAUGGAGACAAUGUCCCCAUGGAAGGAGGAUCCUGUAUCCUCGGGCAAAGUGGAUCCUGCAUUUCCAGGAAAGGAGGAGGCCAGGUAUUUGGGGAAAGAGCUUACAGUAUCCUCAGAAGAGGUGGUGGGUCCUCCAUCUGUGGGAAAGACAGAUCUUGUAUCCUUGGGAAAGAGAGAUCCUGAGCUCUCGGGAAAGGUGGAUCCCGUGUCCUUGGAAAACACGGAUUCUGCAUCUGUAGGAAAAACAGAUCUUGGGUCCCUGGGAAUGCUGACUCCAGGGUCAUCAGGCAACAUUAAGACUGUAUCCCCUGGAACGGUGGCUCUGGGGUCAUCAGGAAGAGCAGAUCCUACUUGCUUUGAGACAACAGAUCCUGCAUCCACAGGAAAUGCAGAAAUUGUGUCCCCGGCAAAAGAGGACCCUCAGUUCCUGGGAAAGGUGGAUCCUGCCUCCUCAGGAAAGCAAGAUGUAGUGUCUAUGAAAAUGACAAAAACUAUGUCUGCUGGACAGGUGGAUCCCGUGUUUUCGGGAAAGAUGGAUCCCACAUCUCUGAAAAAUAUGGAUUCUAUGUCUUCAGGCAAGGUGGGUCCAGUUUCUUUGGGAAAGGUGGAUCCUGUGUCCUCAGGAAAGCCAGACCCCUUGUCUCCUGGGCAGACAGAACUGAUGUUGGUGGGAAAAACAGAAACCACAUCCUUGGGAAGGGAGGGCCCAGUGUCCUCCAGGAAGGUGGAUCCCAUUUCCGUGGGAGAUACAAAAACAUCAUCUGGGAAAGUGAACCCUGAAUCUUCAGGAAAGACAGCCCCUGUGUCCUCAGGUCCAGUGGGUCCUCCAUCCUCUGUGAAAGCUGAGGCAGUGACUGGGGAAAAAGCAGAUCCACUAUCUUUGGAAAAGUCAGAUCCUGUGGUCUCAGUAAAGGUGGGCUCCAUGGCCUCAGAGAAGGCUGAUACUCCAGCCUUGGGCAAAGUGGACCCUGUGAGCAAGGAAAAGGCAGAAACUGUUUCCGCUGGAGACAUGGACUCCGCAUCUGCAGGAAAGGUGGCCCCCACGGCCCUAGGAAAAGCAGUCCCGGCAUCCACGGGAGAAGCAGAAGCUGUCCCAGAGGGAAAGGUGGAUCCCCUGCCUCCAGAGAAGGGCAAUCCUGUGAACUCUACGAAGGUGGAUCCCAGGGCCUUGGGGAAAGCAGAACUGCAGUCUGAGGGCAAAGCAGAAACAAAGCCCCCUGCACGGGAGGGUACUGUGUCCACGUCCCCAGGUAAAGCAGAGGCUAAAUCUUUGCAGAACGAGAAGCCGCUGACCUUGGAGAAGGGGGAUCCCGUAUCGUCAGGAAAAGCAAGCCCUACUGCCUCUGGGAAGGUGGAGCCUGUAGCCCUAGGGAAGACCGGCUCUGCACCUCAGAUUAAAGCAGAGCCCCCAUCCUCGGGGAAAGGGACCCACCUCACUCUGGGGAAAGCGGAGGCCUCCUCCUCCUCCAGGCAGGCAGAUGGCAAACUCUGCGGCUCAGUUCCAUCUCCCGCGGAUGGCGGGGGCCACGUGGAGCCAGCGCCACUGCCCAGCUCCGAGGCCUCCAGUCUCGGCCAGAAGGACGCUGCUGCAGAGUGUGCGCCGGCCGCGGUGCUGCUCGCGGGCCGGACCCACGGCCGAGUGAUCUGCCCCCCUUUUGUACGCCCGGGUUUCCAACCUUCUCAGGCUCCCUUCUUGACCCCAGGCCCCUGGAAGGGAUCCCCUCGACGCACGACAGGCCUCCGAGGGGCGGGCAGCCUCUAGGGUCUUCUCAUCCCCUUUCCAGCCCCGCUCCCCUCCUAAACACGCAAAUGAACCCCCUCUACCUAGCUCCCUCGUGGUCAUGAACCCACGAACCCAGCCUUGACACCGCACUGUCCCUUCAUAGCCGUCAGCCCCACCCCCUCCCGGUCACACUGGGCAACCUCCGGGACCCGCUCAGCUCCAGCGCCACCAGCCCAGAGAGCUGAGGCAGGCUCCUGAGAUGUUCAGACUGGUGCGCUGCGUCUCCAGCGGCGGCCAGGUCCCCAGAACGGGAGAGACCGUGUACAAAAGCCCCAAGUGUGCGAGGAUUGGAGCGUGAGACCCCGAUGUGCAAGGCCCGGGGUGUGUGCGAGUGUGUGUCCACGCGGCGGGCUGGCCCCAUGGCCUGGGCAUCUCUUGCAUGCUGGUAGUUGUCCCCAGUUCCUGUCUCCCCCUCACCUGUCCCAACCCCCAGCCCUAUCUCCACCCUCACUGGACACUGGUUCACAAUUCCCAGACAGGCCAAAGGUGGCUGCAGGAGUGCCCUGGGGGCUCAGCUGAAAGGCGAGUCACAGAAAGGUGAGAGGGCUUUAGACGGGUCUAGGCAUCACAGUCAGAGGCUCACAGACAGCCUGGGUGACAGCUGGUCUUGGGUACUGGGGGCAGGAUGGAGAGCUCAUGUCCCCAAAAGACCACACUCUCCAGCCCCUCAUCCCCCAGUGCUGUGAGCCCCACAAGUCUCUUGUGACCACUCAGUAACCCUGUCCCCACCCCUCCAGCCGCAAUUUUUGGCUACAAACUGUCACAAUAUA